AUGUGCCUGGAUUCGCACGGCGACUGCCCGGGGCCCGUCUUUCAGAUCAGGAAAUACAUGUACCAGACGUGCGUGCACGUGGAGGACAUCGCCCCGCUCCACGACGUCACCGGCAUCCAGGCCUACCUGAUCAACUCCAAGCGGGCACUGCUCAUCCACUCCAAGAUCUCCGCCCUGGCCUCUGCCAACUCCGCCCUGGAUGAGAUCUGCAGAGGCUGUCAGCGUCCCCUUCGCUCGGACUGCCAGUACUGUUCGCUGCACUGCAAGAAUGUCGCCAACAGCAACAGGGACCGGGCCAGCAGCCUGCACGGCAGCCACCACAGGCCGCAUGCGCUGCAGCCGUGGACCGUGAGGGGCGGCUUCCAGCCGCGGCGGUCCCAGGAGCUGGACCCACAGCAGGAGGACGAGGCAGGUUUCAUGUCAGCGCCGCGCCAGUACUGA